GUAAGUUAGGGGUUGAAGGUUGAAAGUGGUUGUAUGAAAAGGAGAGGGACACACACAGAAAGAGAGAUAGUACACAGGAGAGUGAGCGACUCUGUUCUCUGUUCAUCAUGGAUGUCUCACGUGGCGUUUUGAUCCUCUGUUCUCUCUUAUGUACAGUGACUGCUCAGGCUCCUGUAGUCUCAGUGGAGCCCCGGACUGCUACCGUGCGCCAGGGGGAGUCUGUCAGCUUCAGGUGCCAAGUGAGCAGCGGUGCACAGCCAAUCACAUUCAUAGGGUGGAAGAGAGCCAAUAACCAAGCAUUACAAGACAAUGUUAAGCUUGGUCCUGGUAACAACGUGCUGACGGUUUCCAAUGCCCAACCUGGAAACCAGGGCCAGUACCACUGCACAGCAAGAAACUCUGCAGGCAGCAGCUCUGCCACAGGCAUGCUGAACGUCAAAUUCGCUCCUAAAGUGCGGCUGACGCCACCAGGGCCCCUGCGGGUCAGGAUCGGUGACCCCGUGUCAGUGGAGUGUCGCGCCACAGGCAGGCCACGCCCCACGCUGGCCUGGAAACGCCAAGGCUCCACCCUGCAGCUGGUUACCAGGGAGACAAAUGAUGCCAACACCAUACAGUGGCCUGCAGCGCAUCCAGAAGACUCAGGAGUUUAUAUUUGCCAGGCUGAAAACACUGAGGGGAUGACAGAGGUCAAAGUUGAGGUCACUGUUGAGGGUGGGCCAGGGGCACCGGUGGCUUCAGUGGGCACCGCAGAAAUGACAGUGGUGGAGGGGAAUACAGUCACAAUGACAUGUCAGGCCAGUGGCUCCCCUACUCCUGUCAUCACCUGGUCCAAGCUCAGAGCACCGUUGCCAUGGAAACACACUGUGGCCGAUGGAGUUUUGACACUGACCAGUGUCGGGCGGCAAGAUUCGGGACAAUACAUCUGUAAUGCAACCAACAUACAUGGCUAUAGUGAGGCGUACACGCAGAUGGAGGUGGAGACUCCUCCGUACGCCACCUGCCUGCCUGAACAGGUGAGGCUUCAGCCCGGAGAUACCCUGACCCUGCAGUGCCUCGCCCACGGCUCUCACCCCAUUCAGUUCGUGUGGAGUCGGGUGGGCAGGAUGAGCAUGCCUGCUGGAGCAGAGACCACGAAGGAUGGAAAGCUGAUCAUAGCCCACGUUAAACUGAAUCACAGCGGAACGUACAAAUGUGUGGCCACCAACCACAUUGCCUCCAGUGAGGCACUAGCCAGAGUCAUCAUAAAAGCUUAAUCCAUGGUAGUCACGCUGUGUCUGAUUGAUACAACAUCUAUACAGUGCUUACAACUUCUGCAAGCCUGGUUUGUAGCCACCAACAUGGUCAGACAAUUAAUACUGCAAAAUCGGACAAAAUUUUAUUUAACAGAUUAUAUUUUGAUGUGUUAAAGUGGAAGGUACCAGUGCUGUUCAAACUUUUGGUUUUAUUAUGCAUAUGGGGUUAAUUUUGUACUUUUAUAGAAAACUAUUGCUGUUGUUGCCCUUCCCUCAUAUUUGCCUUUGGAAAGUUUUUUUACAACUAUGUGUGGACCGACAUCCUACAGUAUGUGUGUGUGGGAGUUUCUCUUGCUGGAAUGUCUCUGUGCCCUGUGUUCCUCCCUACAUGUCAUCUGCUAAGUCUACACUGCUUCCAAAACUGAAAGGAGGGCACUAAACUAACCAAAAGCUGCUCAAAGAGAGCCUUGAUUAUACCCAUUAAAUAUAAAAACAAUAAAGACCAAAAAAGUUUGAUUAAAAUGAA